AUGCAGGAGGUGGCGAAGGAACGGCCCAUAAUCUCCGCGAGGGAAAGAGGCCCGGGCCCUGGACGCUACGCUCUGCCCCCUACGAUUGGAUACAUCAACCAUGACUUCACCAAGUCCAGCAGCCCUGCGUACUCCUUUCACAGCCGCAGCAGCGCCAUGGUCUCCGUGGACUCCAGCCCAGGACCCAGGUACCACGUCGAUGCCAAGGUGACCCGGUUCGGCCGGAUGGAAACUCCCUCCUACUCCAUGACGGGCAGAGGAAGGCGAGCGGGGAGCAAUAGAGCCCAGGUGUUCCAGACUCCGGGGCCGGGGGCCUACAGCCCAGAGAAGGCUCCGCCUCUCAACGCUCACCCCCGACCGCCGUCCUACACCAUCGGCUCUCGCACCCGAUACCGCCCCGUGGACACCGUACCGGCACCCAACAGCUACAGCCUCCCUGAUCUCCUGGGCUGCCCGGCUCCCAACAAGCCCUCCAGCGCCAGCUACAGCUUCACGGGCCGCAGGAAGGUCGGCGCCCCCUCCGAAGACCUCUCCGCCGGCCCCGGACCGGCGAGGUACGACACCACCGACCCGGACGUCUACCACCGGCGCCAGCCCUCCUUCUCCAUUCAGCAUCGGACCAGGAGGCCCGGCUCCUCCUCCUCCUCCUCCUCCUGCGUGCCCGGCCCCGGCGCCUACAGCCCGGAGAGGUUCUACGUGCACCUCCCCAGACCCCCGUCCUUCACUCUGGGCGUCAGACACUCGGAGUUCGUCACACCGCUGGUGGCGGACGUGGUUGAUUGA